UGCGGCUCACUGCAGAGCCUCGCCCGACGGCGGCGGCCAGAAGAAUGAGAGACCCAGGACUGAGGGAGUGGGCUGUGAUCUGGGAAUCGCUUUCUCCGGCGUUAACCACCACAGCUCCAUGAGACGCGCCGAACAAGAAACUGGAGAACAAAAGAACAAACUUUUGGAAGUUACCCGAAAAUGAAAGAGACGAAACAGCUGUCGGACGAGGCAGGAGCCAUUGAGAGACACACGGGCUCUGAUUCGACAACACUGGAAGGCGGCACUCUGCUGCAAUUACCCUCGGGAAGCCGCCCCUCUCCCCUCGUACAACCGUGGAAAUCUUUCUGGCCACCAGCGCCAGGCAGCGAUUCUUACCUGAGAUUGAUUGCGGAAAAUCCAACAAUCUUCACAUGGCAAUUUGACAUGACUCGGCCGUUUGAUCGGCCCUGGAGGCUGUGGACUGGCGCUGCACCCGCUGAAGGGGGUGGAAGCGUUCAGGAUCCGAGAAGCCCCUCGGCUGCCUGUUCCCACGACAGCAUUCUCGCGCUAGAUUACGGAAAUACCCAGAAGAUGAGAGACGAGCUUGAUGAGCAGUUCCGCAAUCUCGCUCUGCCAAAAGUGUUUCCUAAAUCCUUCAACCAUCUCGCCCCGUCGGAGCUCUACCAGAAAGAAAAGCCAUACAAAUGCCAGCUUCCUGAGGCCUGUUUCCCUGGGCUCAAGAUGCACAACCUCGUCUCGCAGAGCUAUCAUGUCGGCAUUGCCGAUGUUACCGGUCACGAGGACAUGUUUUCGCUUGCCAUAUCUGGUUUCGAAUUCGCCACUUGUCCCAUCAGCAUCGAGGAAUGGUCUGACGACAGUGUUUCAGCCCAGUAUCUGCCGGGCCUGGCUCGGUGGUUGAAGCAGUGUACAGGCUGCCGGGACGUGUUCUGCUACGCCUACAAUUUUCGCCACCAUGAUGCAGCUCAAGGCUCUGAUGUGAGCCCAAAAUAUGAAUUCAAACUCCCUUUCUUCCGGGCACACUGUGAUGCCUCGGAAGAAACAUGCAGGGCUCGCUUGCAGCUUUACUUUCCAGAACGCUACGCUGAGCUGACAAAAGGCCGCAUCCGUUUCGUCAACAUCUGGCGGCCGUUGUCGGCAUCACCCAUACUAGACUGCCCACUCGCGCUCUGUGACUUUCGCACCAUCAACCCUGAAGAUCUCGUUCCAAUGGACCUCGUGUACCCUCACUUCGUCGACGAGGCUUACGAGGUGCGGUACAAUCCUUCACACCGAUGGCUCUAUAAAAAGGAAAUGGGGCCAGACGAUGUCAUCAUCUUCAAGCUCUAUGAUAAUCUGCGUAGCGAGGCAACCGGUAAAUGGUCAUGUGAGACGAAAUGUAAGGCCAUUCUUGCUAACCCAUCCAGUCUGUCCCCAUUCUGCCUUUGUUGACCCCUCGGCCCCUCGGGAUACACCAAAGCGCGCCAGUAUUGAAGUGAAAGCGAUUUUGAUCGGGUAAGAUGUAUCGAAAACCUAGCAAACUCCUACUACAGGCGUUCAGCUUGCUCCUGGUCUUCUGGCAUGAUGCGGGGGUAUUUUCCAUCUACCUUUGGCCUUUUUUUACAAAGCCCUUCCCGAGACUCGACCGGAGUCUCAUCUUCCUCCGGCCGUUUCCUUACAGGGUCUACUAGUAUGUCUUUCUAGGUUCACCGCCUCUCGGCAUGAGGCUUGAAACUCUCUCGCAAGAGCUCGCAGAGCUUGGCGGAUAGAGCAGACUUUGGCGUUGAGUUCCCCAAAUUCAAACCC